AGAAGUAUCACUACUACUACUUAACGUUAGAACUAGAGGAAUAUCACUACUUAUUGGCGUUAAAACUAGAGGAAUAUCACUACUACUACUACUCAGCGUUAGAACUAGAGGAAUAUUACUGCUACUACUUAGCGUUAGAACUAGAGGAAUACCACUACUUAUUGGCGUUAAAACUAGAGAAAUAUCACUACUACUACUACUUAACGUUAGAACGAGAGGAAUAUCACUACUUAUUGGCGUUAAAACUAGAGGAAUAUCACUACUACUACUAUUUAGCGUUAGAACUAGACGAAUAUUACUGCUACUACUUAGCGUUAGAACUAGUGGAAUAUCACUACUACUACUAUUUAGCGUUAGAACUAGACGAAUAUUACUGCUACUACUUAGCGUUAGAACUAGAGGACUUUCACUACUACUUAGCGUUAGAACUAGUGGAAUAUCACUACUACUACUACUAUUUAGCGUUAGAACUAGACGAAUAUUACUGCUACUACUUAGCGUUAGAACUAGUGGAAUAUCACUACUACUUUGCGUUAGAACUAGGGGACUUUCACUACUACUUGGCGUUAGAACUAGUGGAAUAUCACUACUACUUUGCGUUAGAACUAGAGGACUUUCACAACUACUUAUUAGCGUUAGAACUAGAGGAAUAUCACCACCUCUGCAAGAAUAGUUCCAGAGAGAGAGAGCAGUCACAUUUAACAGAAAAGAUACAGAGUACACAAUAUUAUAGCACAAAGCGUCCUCUUGCAUCCAAUCAGUAA